AUGCAAAAUAUUAUGAAGCGUAUUUACAUGAAUGGAGAUCUGCAGACAGGAGAGUGCAAACCAUCUUACUCUGAAGUUCCCUGGCUGGAGAUAACACACAAGGAGAUUAAUACUGAUGAUCGUCCAUCACCAUGUUUGUUUGUUACACAUCUACCUUAUCAACUGAUACCAAAAGCUCUAAAGAACAAAACGACUAAGGUUAUCUAUGUCUACAGAAACCCAAAGGAUGUUGCAGUUUCUUAUUAUCAUUUUCACAAAUUUGCUAAUUAUUUGGAAACCCCAGAAAACUUUGGAGUUUUUCUGCAGGCAUUUCUGAAUGGCCAAGAAUUGGAUGUUGCUUCUUCAGACGGACUGAGUGGAAUAAGUUCUGGAAUCGAAAAGAAAUUUCUUUAUUUCACUUUUAUACCGUUGCAGGAUUUGAGAGUAGCAGUACUGAAAUUCAUCAACUUUCUUGGAAGAUCUCUGGAUAAUAAAAGUGUUGACAUAAUUGUGGAGUGCUCUACUUUUAAGAAUAUGAAAUCAAACCCAAAAUCAAACUACGAAAAUGCAGGAUUUCCUACCUUUGAUAAUUCAUUUGCAGGAUUUAUGAGAAAAGGGAUAAUAGGCGACUGGAAAAACCAUUUCACUGUGGCUGAAAAUGAGAUGUUUGAUAGACUAUUCCAGGAGAAAAUGGAAGGCCUUCCUUUGAAGUACUCAUGGGAAAUUAAUAACUGAAAAUGUUGAUUUUUCUCUCCAAACAAU